AAAAGGACUUCAUCAUGAUGCUCGUUUGGCGGUUUGCUCAUCUAUUUUAGAAUGUUGUGACUUGUGAAAUCAAUGUCAUGUAGAACAUGUUUUAGUUUUGAUGAUAGAUAUCGUUUGUGAAAGUGCGUAUCUCCAGUCCAGUACAAUCCUCAAUACAAUAGUAGCUGUUUUGCAGUCGAUAAUAAUAAUAGUUGUUAUUGCUUGUAGCUGGCAGUGUUUCCACACAUACGUGUAGAUCUACGAGUCGUGUACAGCUAGCUAUAACUAGUAUAAGUCACGAGUAGGUAGCCUGGGCGAGGAUGUACGGUGUAGCUCCUGUUGCCUGCGCUCUAGUAGCCGUCCAUAUCGCUGUAGUAGCAGCAGGCGCAGCGUUGGACCCAACCCCAGAUCCCAAGGCAGUUGUGACGCAGGGAACUGCUCGAUUCACCGUGCUGACCGACUCCAUCAUUCGCAUGCAGAAUGGGCAAACGCACGACGAUCCCACGUUUGUGGCUCUCAACAGAAGGCUACCCGUUCCAAGCUUCGAAUCCGCUGUUACCGGCGGUGAGUUGAAGAUAACAACGAAGAAUCUGGAGCUGAGGUACAAACUGAAUACUGGGACAACGUUCAAUGAGUACAACUUACAGGUGUCAGUGUUGAACGUUGGUGGCGACACAGUGAUUUGGCGGCCCAUUCCCACGGCCAACAUCACCUUACAGGGAAAUCUGCUGGGCACAGCACGCACGCUGGAUGGAAAUCGUGGCGCGGAGAACAUGGACCUGAACUGCCUGACUAAUCCACGUGCUGACCUGCACUGCACGCUGGGGCUCGUGUCCCGGGACGGGUAUGUUGUGGUGGACGACACCGGUAGCCCGAAGUUCGACAAUGACACUGCGUGGCAGUGGUUGAGGCAGCCUGGCAUCCCAGGGCCGCCAUUGGACCAGUGCAACAUCGCUGGCGAGAAGCGCCGCGACUGCGGCUACAUAGGAAUCAGCAGACUAGACUGCGAGGGCAAAGGCUGUUGCUACGUGGGCAGUGACGACGGACAGCCAAGUCAUGGCAAUGGCGUUCCGGACUGUUUCUUUUCCACCCAAGCUCAGCAGGACCUGUAUUUCUUCGGACACGGCCGCAACUACAAGCUGGCGCUAAAAGAGUUUACCAUGAUCUCUGGCCAAGUCCCACUGCCGCCUCGUUUUGCGUUUGGCGUGUUCUAUUCGCGCUACUGGGCGUACGACGACAUUGAGGAGAUGGAGAUCGUGAAGCAGUACCAGGGCCACCGGCUGCCAUUGGACGUCCUGGUGACGGACAUGGACUGGCACAUCACCAUGUACAACGGCACGCAUGACCAGGCCGGGGAGCAGAUGGGCUGGACUGGCUUCACCUGGGACAAGCACCUAUUCCCGAAUGCCACCGGCUUUCUGAACUGGUGCAAGGCGCGCGGGCUGAAGAACACUCUGAACCUCCAUCCGGCCUCGGGCAUUCAGCCCUGGGAGGAACGCUACAAGGAGAUGGCAGAGGCCAUGGGUAUCGACCCAUCAACAAACCACUACGUACCAUUUGUGCCAACAGACAAGAAGUUCGUCAAGAACUGGAAUGAAAUAGUUCUCGGCGAGCGCGAACAGGAAGGCAUUGAUUUCUGGUGGCUUGACUGGCAGCAGGGUGAAGAUUGGAUUAAGGUGCCGGGUGUCAACCCAACAUUCUGGCUCAACUACAUCUUCUUCACUAAUCCUAUGCACUGGCAACGUGGCGGAGUAGAUAGAAGAGGCAUGCUGCUUCAUCGCUGGGGAGGUCUAGGAAACCAUCGCUACCAGGCGGGCUUUUCAGGCGAUGUUGUUCCGCUCUGGCAAUCGCUGGACUUCCAGGUGUAUUUCACUAUCACUGCUAGCAAUGUGGCGUACGGUUUCUGGAGUCAUGACUUGGGCGGCCACAUCACACCAUCGCCACCGGAACUGUACACUCGCUGGAUACAGUGGGGAGCGUUCUCGCCCAUCUUCCGCACGCACUGCACGAAGAACGCGGACAACUUCCGCCGCAUCUGGCUGUACCCGUUCAGCUACUACUCGAUCAUGCGGCGCUACAUGGCCGUGCGCGCCUCGCUUGUUCCCUACCUGUACACAUGCGCCAAGCAUGCCCAUGAUAGUGGUGUGAGCAUGCUUAGGCCCAUGUACUAUGACUUUCCCGAAGCUGAUGAAGCCUACAACUUCAGCACGCAAUACAUGUUUGGAGACCACUUGCUGGUGUCACCGAUCACUGCAGCCAUGAAUCCAACCUACAAUAGCACUGCCAAGGCUGUGUGGCUGCCAGCAGGCCAGGACUUUGUAAGCUGGCAUAGCGGCGAGGUGUUUGCCACACCAUGCGUCCUGAAGCGAAACUACACGUUAUCUGAAAUGCCUCUCUUUGCUGCAGCCGGAACAGUUGUGCCUCUUCGCACGCGUGACGAUGUCGAUGUUGGCUCUGCUAAGAAUCUGCCCAGUACCUUGAAGGUGAUGGUAUUUGUUGCUGGUGGAGCGGGGAGCAUUGGAACCGGGCAGGUGUAUGAAGAUGACGGAUUCAGUAAUGCAUAUAAGACAGGAUCUGGUGCGGUCACUACCUUCACGUACUCUUCAGACUCCAUUGCCGCCGCUAGCACUGUCAACCUUGCCAUUUCCGCUGCCAAUGGAACCUUCACAGGCAUGCUUACACAGCGAGCGUAUGAAGUGGAGUUCCGUGGCACUUGGCCGGCAUCAGCCGUUACCGUAGACGGUAUGUCACUGACGUCAAUCAUGUAUGACACACCGUGCAAUGCUGCGGCGGGCUGCUUCGCCUACGAUGGAAGUCACCUUGCCCUGCACGUCUACUCGACCGCACUAGCAGCCAAUAAACCGCACAUGGUGCGAGCUACCCUGAUUGAUAAGCUUCCAUCCCCACAUCUCCAGAGCAACUUCGUGGGUCAGGUGCGGCGUUUAAUUGAUGCCAAGCAGCUGCUGGAUGAUCAGUGGGGGCAUGCUACUGUCCAUCAGCAAAACUACUACUCCUUACUGUCUGCUGGUGAGACUGGGAUGCGAAUUACCUACGAUCCAGCGUCGAUUCACAAGGAGCUAGAGAACUUCCCCAGCCUGUUGAUGGAAGCGCGCAGGGAAGUCACUGCCCUGAAGCUAUCUAGCGAUUUGUUCUCGGUUGUUUUUGAAUUGCUGCAAGCAUGAAGCAUGAACUGUGGAUACUCGCCCCCGCCACAGCCGCGGACAGCCACUUUUCAAAUCCCUUCAUCUUCACAGUGUGAUUUGCAUUUUGUUCAUGAAUUUGACUUUAUCCCUUGUUGCUGGCAACGAGUAGUAGUUGACUGUACUUGUGCAUAACAAUUCUAACUAUAAUGGAGAAAGAUGCGGGCUGAAAUUAUCCCGGCCAUUCUGAGAGUGAGAGAUGCUUUUAGAAUUCUUAUCUUUUCCAACCUCUCUUUAUUUGCCCAUUUUUUCUCUGAGUGCAUCGCUCAUGAAAAAGCCAAAUGAGUUACUGUGUUUGAA